AGUAUCCCUGCUUUACAGUUUACACAUGACUAGUAGUACAUGUAUUUUGCAUGACUCUUAUUGUUUAGAAGCAUACAGUACUUCCUACAUUUACGAUUGUUCUUCCAUGAUCCUUGCAUGGCGCCACUACACACUGGAGAGUAGCUAGACCAACACUAAUUAUCAGUAGUCUUCAUUGUUUCUAAAUACAAUACUUGUGCCGCUAUGUUUCAUUUGCAAGAGGUCCUUGUGCAGUUGUAUGGACUUAUCUGCACUGUGAUAUCAGUCUCAUGCUCCAAUGCUUCCUUUGUAGCACUGAUGCGCGCUGCGAGUAAACAAUGGCAUUUCCAGAUUGCUUGCUACACUUUCACAUACAUUCUUUAGCUGUUUUGCUGCCUGCUGCUGGUUUCCCGCAAUAGACCCCAGCUGAAGCUUCCUAGCUGGCCCCCUUGCCAACGGCCUUGUUAGAUUCUAUAUAAGUUCUCUAGUUUUGCAUCUCAUAAGGGAGAGAUCAGAGAGAGAAGAGAGAGUCGUGGUUGAGAGAGAGCAAGUUCACUUUCACUUUGAUAUAAGAUAACCUCCAGGCCGUGCCGGAGUAAGUUCAGAUACGUUGGUUGACUGACUGUGGGUAGUAGCCUCCUAGCCUUAGACCACGCACGUUACAUUGGUGGCAGCGGUGGUUCAAUUUUAUAAUUGCUAGAUUCGAACCCACCUAGUAUCUGUAUUGCAUUGAUGGCAGCGGCGCUACAGAAUUGAUGGCAGCGGUAAAUUGUUUAUUGGUAUAACCGGUACCAGCAUGGCCCAACCUGAUGCGUCAGUCGCCGCUACUCCUUCGCCCGCCACGUCUCCCCCUAACCCGAAAUGAUGACGGACAGCGUCUCUACCGAUCAAGCUCCAUGUCCAACGUAAGCUAAUUCCCGAUAUGGCAUUCUCUUUCCUGUCUUCCUUCAGUCUUUCUGUUCUCUUCAGUCUUCCUUUAUGCGAGUGAGCGAAUCCAGUUUAGUCCGGUAGGCGUCCGAUCAUGGUGAGCCACGGUCUACCUAGCUAACCUGGGACAAUGGGUGUGAUACAUGUAUUUGGAGGACAAUAUUCCCUUUUUGACCCCGUGAGAUGGUGAGAACCUGGUGUGCUUCUAUUUUUUGAUUUGUUAUCAGUUCAGUUCUUCUGUCUACUCUAAACACGUUAUCAUUUCCGAUAUUAUUUUGCCAUAUCCCGGUUGACGCUCUACAAGUAAUACGCUAUCUACUAUGACGUUCUCACCGCCUCCUAUGAUCUGCUGCUGAGCUCCAGCUACUAGUGUCAGUUGUCACCCUUUCGGCCCAGCACUCUGUUCAAGAUUCAAGAAUACAUGUACGUGCAUGCAAGUUAGUUGUCCAGUCCACCUACUGACGGUGCCUUCUAGUGAGUACUGUUCCUCAUACAUCAUCGAACUCGUUGUCAAAUCACGAGGGCGUGAUUUAGUGUAGGAAGGGAGGGUGUAGUAUCCCUGCUUUACAGUUUACACAUGACUAGUAGUACAUGUAUUUUGCAUGACUCUUAUUGUUUAGAAGCAUACAGUACUUCCUACAUUUACGAUUGUUCUUCCAUGAUCCUUGCAUGGCGCCACUACACACUGGAGAGUAGCUAGACCAACACUAAUUAUCAGUAGUCUUCAUUGUUUCUAAAUACAAUACUUGUGCCGCUAUGUUUCAUUUGCAAGAGGUCCUUGUGCAGUUGUAUGGACUUAUCUGCACUGUGAUAUCAGUCUCAUGCUCCAAUGCUUCCUUUGUAGCACUGAUGCGCGCUGCGAGUAAACAAUGGCAUUUCCAGAUUGCUUGCUACACUUUCACAUACAUUCUUUAGCUGUUUUGCUGCCUGCUGCUGGUUUCCCGCAAUAGACCCCAGCUGAAGCUUCCUAGCUGGCCCCCUUGCCAACGGCCUUGUUAGAUUCUAUAUAAGUUCUCUAGUUUUGCAUCUCAUAAGGGAGAGAUCAGAGAGAGAAGAGAGAGUCGUGGUUGAGAGAGAGCAAGUUCACUUUCACUUUGAUAUAAGAUAACCUCCAGGCCGUGCCGGAGUAAGUUCAGAUACGUUGGUUGACUGACUGUGGGUAGUAGCCUCCUAGCCUUAGACCACGCACGUUACACUUGGAGAGAGAGGAAAUCAAGUUUUUUAUACACCGGAAGCGAUACUACCUUUGCUUUUGACACGUAUGUCGACUCGCCGGGUUUCCAGAGCAGCGCUGGCCUGGCCAGGCAGUGCGUCACUAUCGACUCCAUCCUCAUCUGUGUGCGACUACACUGGCGGUAUCAGUGUGUUGAUCUACAGUGGAAACUCAGUCGCUCCGACUUGGAUGUAGUGUAGCGUAAACUGUACUAGUGAGUAGUGUGUACCAGUACGUGAUGCGGCGAUGUUGCGAGUUUUCGCACCUUUCAGUUCACUGUAGACUAUUAUCCGCCAUCGUAUCCUGGCCUGUGUUCCGUACAGAUGGCGGCAGUAUUGCCGAUCAAGGGUUUGUGGCUUUCCACGCGAGCAUGCCAGAAAAACCUGACACAACAGUGCGCUUCUUCGACCGGGCUGACUACUAUACUGUGCACGGGAACGAUGCCAUCUUUGCAGCUAAGGAGAUUUUCCGGUCGAUGGGAGUUGUCAAGUACUGGGGUGCUGCCAAGCUUCCUUCCGUCAACUUGAGUAAAAUGAACUUUGAGUCGAUGGUGCGCGACUUGCUGCUUGUGCGUCACUACCGGGUAGAGAUGUACCGCUGCAAGCCAAAGACACAGACAUGGUUGCUGAUUGGGAAGGCCUCUCCUGGUAACCUAGAGCAGUUUGAUGAGCUGUUGUUCAGUGGAAAUAACGACAUGUCUUCCAGCGCUGGUGUUGUUGCUGUCAAGUUCUCUCAGGUCGAUAACCAGAGGCUGGUCGGUGUAGCCUAUGCUGAUGCUGCCCUGCGUCAGCUCGGCGUCAGUGAAUUUGUGGACAAUGACCAGCUCUCCAAUCUUGAGUCAUUACUGGUACAAAUUGGUCCCAAGGAAUGCAUUUUGCCUGCGGGAGAUACCUCAGCCGAGGUAGUUGCCACCCGUCGCAUCAUGGAGAGGUCUAAAGUCCUCAUCAGCGAUCGGAAGAAAGCUGAAUUCAACACUAAGGAUAUCGUGCAGGAUCUCAAUCGAUUACUAAAACUGGCAUCCUCUAGCGGUGCUGCAUCUUUGCCCGAAGUAGAGCUCCACCACGCCAUGUCAGCAGCAGCCGCUCUAAUAAAGUAUCUAGAUCUGCUACGUGAUGAGAGUAACUUUGGUCAGUAUCAGCUCAAGUCGUUUUCUCUUGAUCAGUACAUGAAACUGGACGUGGCUGCAGUGCGAGCCCUCAACCUUGUGCCAAGUGCAACGGAGCGUGGUAAUGGUUCACUGCUGGGACUGCUCAACAAAUGCCGCACACCGCAGGGCCAACGCUUGCUUGCUCAGUGGAUCAAACAGCCACUGCUCGACCUGAACAAGAUCACUGAACGUCACAAUGUGGUGGAGGUAAUGGUGGACAAUACCGAACUCCGGCAAUCGCUAGUGGAUGAGCAUCUAAAGAAAAUUCCAGACUUCUGCCGCCUGGCUAAACGCCUCCAACGGAAGAAGGCCAGCUUGCAGGAUCUUGUGCGCGUCUUUCAGGCGUUGCGUCGCUUGCCAGCGUUGAUAGAGCUACUGGAGACGACGGCACAGGGAAUCACGCACGCAGCUUUGCUUGAUGAGCUCUACACGUCCCAGUUGAAGACUCUCGACAGCGAGUGUUCUAAUUUCAUCGACUUGGUCGAACACACGAUUGACAUGGACCAGAUUGCUAAUCACGAGUUCCUCAUACGCCCCUCGUUUGAUGAGAACCUGCAAGUAUGUCGAGGCCAGAUGGAUGAGAUCCUGGAGAAGAUGCCAUCCUACUUGAACAAGGCGGCCCGCUCCCUGGGUCUGGAGUCAGGCAAGACGAUAAAGUUGGAGUCAACCAGUCAGCUUGGCCAUUUCUUCAGGGUGACGAGAAAGGAUGAGAAAUCGCUGCGCAAUGCACGCGGAUUCAUCACCAUUGAUACGAACAAGAAUGGAGUUCGUUUCACAAGCCCUGACUUGAAGUCCGCCAACACAGAGCUGCAGCAGCUUCAGGACACCUACAACUCACUGCAGAGCACACUGGCUGCUGAGGUGCUCAAAGUUGCUGCUGGCUACGCCGAGCCACUGCAGAAGCUCAAUGAUGUCAUUGCACAUCUAGACGUUCUGACCAGCUUUGCCUACGUGUCAGCGAAUGCACCCGUGCCGUACGUACGGCCUAACAUGCUCUCUAAAGGUGAAGGUGGAAUUUCCCUGGAGGCGUCUCGCCAUCCGUGCGUAGAGGUUCAAGAUAACGUUGCAUUCAUAGCUAAUGAUGUUGAGUUCAACCGAGAUAACAAGAUGUUUCACAUCAUCACCGGCCCCAACAUGGGAGGAAAGUCUACCUAUAUUCGUCAGACGGGAGUCAUAGUGCUCAUGGCACAACUUGGCUGCUUCGUACCGUGCGCAUCUGCCGACAUCAGCAUCGUCGACAGCAUUCUGGUACGUGUGGGUGCCAGCGAUAGCCAGCUGAAGGGUGUCUCAACGUUCAUGGCAGAAAUGCUGGAGACGGCAGCCAUCCUGCGGCUGGCAACGAGUAACUCUCUCAUCAUCAUCGAUGAGCUGGGACGCGGUACAUCUACUUACGAUGGCUUUGGCCUUGCCUGGGCUAUAUCGGAGCAUAUUGCAACCAAGACCAAAGCAUUCUGCAUGUUUGCUACUCACUUCCAUGAACUGACCGAGCUCGGUGAGAGUGUUCCCGCCGUCUACAAUCAACACGUCACAGCGCUAACCACCAAUGACACACUGACGCUGCUCUACAAAGUCAAACCCGGUGUUUGUGAUCAAAGUUUUGGAAUUCACGUUGCCGAGCUGGCUCACUUCCCAGCCUCAGUUGUGGAGUUUGCACGGCACAAAGCCGUCGAGCUGGAGGGUCAUCGGUCCGGAAAGUUUGUCUGCUCUGCAGGUGGUGAUGGCGACGAACCAACUGCAAAACGCCGCAAAGUGGUGGAAGAGGAGGGCGAGAAAAUCAUGUCCGACUUCCUUGCUGCCGUGGAAGCUCUGUCCAGAAAGGAAUUACCGACUGCCGACUUCAGUUCGAAGCUUGAAGAGCUAAGAAGCGGUGUUCUCUCACAAAACAACGAAUAUGUCGCUGCUGUUUUAUCUUGAUCCUGAUGCUGCUGCUCUGCAUAUCUUCAAAUCCCACUCCGUCGAACCAGUGUUUUUUGUCUUUCAUAAAACUUUACUUUCUUUACUCGCAGACUAAGUGAUACACUAGCUAUAGCUAGCCUUGAAAAAAAAACAUUUAAGCCAGUAGUAAACCCUGCUGGCCAUGAAACAGUUCAAAUUCUGCCAUGCAAUCAUCCAACAUUUUUCAUACGUGUAGUAGCGCUCCCAGGGAAUUGUUUUACUUUAGCUGAUUCCUUUUGUCUAAAACGCAGUUGUUGUUUUUUGCAUUAAGGGCAAUGGGAGAUCCUUGCUAAUGCCGUUCAGGCUUUGAGGGCCUGAGAUUGAAUGUAUGCAAUGCUGUCAUGGUAAGCAUUAAACAAGUAUGCCAAACCAAACCAGCCGGUCGAAAAGUUUAUCUUUUGCCAGUUG